CCCUUGCCCCAUUUCCUCGGUUGUUUUGCUUUUUUCGCCUGAAUUCUCCAUGUUGGAGCAAUAGCGAGGUCUUUCAUAACGACGGGGGGGAAUGUACACAAAUAUACUGCUGGCGAAGACAACUCUAGAAAGGAAGAAGACGAUCACCUCGGCGCCCCUCGGCCACGUGAAGCAGAAAUUUAGGCGACGAGAGAAAUAACAGCAAGACGGUCCGGACUCCCUGUACUAUAGCUCUACUGCAUAUACAUACUGCAAGCGCUCGCUUUUAGGGGGGACAGAUUGGAUGCUGUCGGACUGUGCAUUUGUUAGAUGGAAAGUUCUAUUAUCACCCAAGUACACAAAGAGGACCCUCAACUGCAGUCGAAAACAGGCCAAGUGAGCAAGUCUUCCCCCAAAAAGCCCCGGAGCAGAAAUAUCUUCAAAGCGCUUUUCUGCUGCCUCCGAGCACAGGAUGCCCCUCCGUCAUUACCUCCGGCCCAGGAUACUCUGCUGCCACCUGAGAACAAUGGGACUGUUGCCAAGGUCCCAGGAACCUGCCUGCUGCCCGAGGUGACCCCCCAGGACCAGGGUAAGAUAUGUGUGGUCAUCGACCUGGACGAGACGCUGGUGCACAGCUCCUUCAAGCCGGUCAACAACGCUGACUUCAUCGUGCCUGUGGAGAUUGAGGGAACCACACACCAGGUGUACGUCCUGAAGAGGCCACACGUGGACGAGUUCCUGCAGAAGAUGGGAGAGAUGUUCGAAUGUGUCCUUUUCACUGCUAGCCUGGCCAAGUACGCAGACCCAGUGACCGACCUGCUGGACAGGGGCAGCGUCUUUCGUACGCGGCUCUUCCGGGAGUCCUGCGUCUUCCACCAGGGCUUCUACGUCAAGGACCUGAGCCGGCUGGGCCGAGACCUGCACCGGACCCUCAUCCUGGACAAUUCCCCAGCGUCAUACAUUUUCCACCCGGAGAAUGCUGUGCCUGUGGUGUCCUGGUUCGAUGACCUGGAGGACACAGAGCUGCUCAACCUUCUGCCCAUCUUCGAGGAGCUGAGUCAGACCGAGGACAUCUACGCGCAACUCCAGCUGCUUCGAGCCGCCUGAUACCUGUCCCUCCCAAUCCUGUCCCACGUUCACCAGAUCGCACUCAUGAAAAUCCGACCCCGUUGGAACACAGGCGUCGUGUUCGGCCCCAAUGACUUUGCAUUGGAGUGAAAACCUGUACUGCCCACUGUCCUCCAUCUCUUUUGAUAGCCAAUGAUGUUACCUGCCAACGUCCAGGACUCACUGCCACUUACGGCUGGUUCAACAAGCCAGUGUUAAGGAUCUCUGGACUUUAUCGCCAUGAAAAGCAAGAAAUCAGCAUUUUAUUUUCAAAUUUUCAGUAGUUCACACUUGCACAUGACUUUAGAAAGCACUAUCUUGCUGACUGAGACUUUGAUUAUAGCACUAUCACGUGGUGGACUCUCCCUGGAUGUUGCGGUAACCAGAAUGACCUUUCACCUUUAAUGCAUCAUGCUGGUCGCUUUAAGCACAACAAAUGAAAGCCAGUUUUCCAGUUUUGCUCUCGGAGAACAGAAAGUCAUUUUAUAGCCUUAAGUAAUCUCAAGGAAACACACAAUGCUGAAUCAGUGGGUCUUUCUGCCCGGUGAAAAGCUAGCAGUAACUGACACCUGACUUGGGGGGUCCUUGGGCUCCUGGCUGUCCAUCACUGUGCCUUUAUUUAAAAAAAAUUAAAAUCUCAGCUUAGUUAUGUUCUUUCAUGGAUUUUGUAAGUUUUAGGUUAUAAAUAUAUAUAUAUAUAUUUUAAAGUUGAAAUUUUGUGCAUCUGGUUGUUCAGUAUAUGGGAAGCUACACAUAUAAUUAAAGGUUUUCUGAGGAAGAAUAGCCAUACAGAACCCUCUAGACUUCGUUAGGGACCAUCCAUGAGGGCUUAGACCACAGUAUUAUGGUUUAUAGUGACCAUACAUGGUUUACUCUAUGCAAUGACAUGUGUACACGUGUUGCCGGAGGGGGGUUUUAAAAACCAUUGUUGCUACGCUCUUUUCCCAAAAAUGUUGUUGUGUUGGUGUUUCCAGAUCUCUGCUCUAGGUGGCAGUCUUGAGCUGUGGGGCUGGAGCUGCCAGUGUUGGCACUGGAUCAUGCACUGGCCCACUUGGUCUGCUACCCAGAUCCACCAUUUCAUAUUGGAUCCACAGGAGAUCACGUCGCUUCCACCUGCUCCCACAGUAGCAGCAGAAAUAUGCUUGACAGAAAUUUACUGUAAAGUUGCGUAAUAGUAAACACCUGCUGCAUUAUAGUAUUCAUGGCGCAAGUGUGGUGUUUUGACUGCCGGUAAGAUGCAUUGAUUUUUUAGUUUGUUUAUUUUUUUUUGUGUGAUUUAUCUCAAGAAAUUGAAAGUAGAGGAGAGUCCUAGUGAUCUUUUAAGGGGGGGGGGGGGCGGCGGACUUGCGAAAGAGGUUUGUUUUUGCCCCCCCCCCCCCCCUUGUUUCCUCCUAGCUUGUGUUUAAAAAAGUCUGGUUAUGAGUUAACAGCUGCCUGCUUGUACUCCGUUGCUUUUCUGGUCAUGUAAGCACCUUGCUUUUUUCUCCUUUUAAUUUUUAAAAUUUGAGCAUUGAAGUGCCUGAGUUGAGUCUUUAUUAAGAACUUUGACUGAGUGGGAGAAGAACUCACUUUUUUUGUUUAUAUAAUGAAACAUUUCAGACUGCAAACUUUUUAAAAUUUCAGGCCAUUUCUUUCCCGUAGAGGAUGCUGAGUUAACAUCCAUUUUUCGUCUCCCUUGCGAUUUUAUUGUUGCAGGUGACAAUGGGUGAAAUGACUGUGAAAUGACCCUUUCGUUUUGCAUUCCUAACUCGAUUUACUCUGUACUGUCAUAUUACCCGGAAGGGGUUACAGUGGGUGGUAUAAGCGUGUGUGUUUCCGUAUGCGUGCCGUCGGUCAGCCUUUGUAUAAACUGUCCCGUUGUGGUGGUGGGAUGCGGUGUGGGGUUUAUGGGUGAUGUACCGCUUUGAUUAUGCCAAAUACAAGGUCAGUGCUGGCCAGAGUUUCACAGCUGCUCUUUAUUUGGGGACCAAAAUCUACCAUUUUUUUCUAAUCCUAAAUAAUAAGCUUCAUUGUGGGUGGAGGGAAAUCUAAUUGAACCUGAAAAGACAGUGUAAUAAUUUGUGCUACUGCCAGUAUUUUUCCUGUCCCUGGAAGCCACAUGGGUGUUGGGUCCGAUCCUUCCGUUUUUGCACGUGGGGUGAGACGUCAGAGCCAGGACUGGAAAAUAAACCGAUCUGAACGGUUUCACUCUGGGACUGUUUGGGCUGCUGGAGGUGAAAUUGGGGCAGGAGACACAAAUGGCUCUUGUUUCUUUUUAAAAAUAGGAGCCGGGGGGGGGUCUGUCCUUAUUCCGGGCAACUUUUCAUCAGUUUCUGUCACUGAAUUGCUGUUUGAAGGGGCUUUUUGAGGCGUCACAGUCACAUGGGGGAGAAGCUUAUUGAUUGGGUUUGAGGGAAUUGCCACAAAAUUCUUAUAGAAAGCUGUUUGUUCCAUUCCUAAGUACUUCAUAUGCAAAUGAAGCAAACAAGCUUUCCUACCCAGCUGAUUAGAGGCUCUGAAGGUAUACUUAAAACGCAGGUAUAUAUUUUGGGAUGGGAAUGAAUAUCUUAUACACUGUUGUGGUUUCAAAAAUAUUUACUUCUGAGCAAAGAUAUGCAUCUGAGUUAUGCAACCUUAAUUGAUGAAAUUUGCGCUCCGUCGUCAUUGUGUUACUGUGUUUGAAUUCAUGAUGAUUGCAUACUGUUGACAGCAGUGAUCCUGUUUUUGUGCGGUUUAAGUCUUGACAAUCCGAUGUUGGAUAUUUCCCUCCUCUGUCUAUGUUUAAAGUACAUCCAGAAGGUUUUCCAUAAUUCUAGGAAGCCAAGUUAUGUUCAGCCGCUUGUUCACUGUGACAUUGCCCCAGGUCUGUUUAUAAACAGCUGGUAAUGUUUGGGCCCAGUUGUAUUGCCGGUCCACAAACUGAAUACAUUAUCGAGGCUGAACGUGCCAAGUUCCUGUUCAGCUUUGUAUUUUCAGGGUGUGGUACCUUACCAUGCACAUGUCAGUGGGGCCUGGAGACCUUGCGGAAGGCAGAACGGAACAGUAACUUCUUUAAUUACACUCCUAAUCUCCAAAUGCUGUAUAAAGUAUUAGGGAAAAAACUUGAAAUAUAUAUUUCUAUACUGUAUUUUUGGAGCUUUUGAAAAACAUUUCUGAAAAUGGUAAAAAAGUGGUUAAUAAACACGUUAAUUAAA